ACCGGCAGCCGCCGCCGCCGCCGCCGCCAACGCCUGCGACUCGUCGUCGCGCGGGACCACGUGACCGUCCGACUGCACGGAACUUCAAGUCGUUGGAUCAAGUCGCUCGUCUCGUCGAUCACCUCGACAGAAUGAUCGCCCUGCUCGCACGAAUUGGCAGCCCUACGGCUGGUUUGCGCAGAAAUUUCAAUUGCUGGACAGCGGCGAUUACAAAGAAGCAUAGACCGGUGUAUGAACAGACGUAUCCAACGACUCUCGUCUUUUCCGAUGGGAGUAGCAUAGAGAUAGAGUAUCACGAGCCGCGGAAAAUAAUAGUUCUGCCGUUGAAUCUCGCGGAGCUCACGGAGGCCGAGCGGCACAGGAGAGUUGAAAUGCGCAAGCCGAAAACUCGAAUAGUCAUAACCGAGGAAAUCGAGGACAGCUUCGACGAGAACAGGUAUCUCAACCUCAACAAGUGAUCAUGUGUCUCAGCGUUUCUCAAAUUCCUAUUUUAUGUUAUGUGUUUAUGAAGAUGUAUGUACCAAAAACUCAAGGUAUCCGUGUAAGGAUCUUAUUUUUUGUUUAGUGCAACGCUAAAAUAAUUAUAUAUACAUUUUCUUGGUAGUACGAGAAUAAUUGUAAAUACUGUUACUCUAAACCUUUGCGAGAUAUAUUCACGUAUAUCGAAACUUAGCGAAUAGGUGGUCUAAUCACGUGUGUAAUUAUUGAAUGAUACUGUGAAUUGUACUUAUAAUAAGAUAUGAAGUGCUGUAUGAAUAUUGCGCAAUAUGGGCACUGUUCUGUAAACACAGGAUAUGUUUCUUAUCUUUAUAUAAUAGCUAAAUACGAGUUUUAAAAAAUACAAUUCUAUACAACAGA